GAGAAGCUCAAGCCACAUGUCGGACGCGCCACGAGUGGCUUGCUAUGCCUCAACCGCAUCCCCCCUCACAACGAAUACGCAACUGCAUGCCAGACAAAAGAAGAACGAGAGCAUGAAACAGCCGGAAUGGACGAGGUCGAGAACCCCAACCUGCCCUCCGCCGGCGAGGCUAGUCCAACCUUGAGACCCAUCGACGACGAAGACGACUCCGCCAUCGAGGACGGCAGCCCGCCCAAACCGCCUCCAACCACCACAGAAUCUCCCCUCGCGGCAGGAGAGAGUCCGCGGCGAGCACCAGCAUCUCCCCGACGCCUCGAUCUCCCCGCUCGCCCGCCGUUGCGAAGAGAAGGCACCGCCCCCCCGAUCCAACCUCCGCCUGCACCCCCCGAACCCAUCCUCGACUCCCCUCAAGACCAGCCUGAUAGUCUCACAUUAGCCGACUUGAAACGUAUCCGGAGAGACUUUCCGACUGCUGUCCUUCCCGCCAAACAAGAGCUGUUGGACUGUGACAGCGUUUAUGAUUUUCAAUACGAAGAUGCGGAAUCCCUGCCUGUGGAGCUGGAGGAGUGGUUUACAUACAGCGAUGAGGAACAGUCGAAGCUGAGAAAGUGCAAAGUGGCGUUCAAUGAGGCGUGGCGGGCCACGGAGGAGGGCAAAGCGGACUGGCUGGAUGUGACGGAGGAUAUGCGAAGAGGCUUCCUGAGCCAGAGGAUCGAGUAUCUCGCGCAGAACUAUGGCGGAGAGGGGACGGCGUCUGCGCUGAUGAUUCUGACGUAUGUUGGUCUUGGAGUAUGGGAAGAGACGGCGGGAAGACGCGAAGGGUACAAACUUGAAGACCUGUUCGUUGAGGAGAAUGGUGGGCAUAUGAGGAUGCAGGACUUUGCGUCUUCGAGUCUGCAGCUCCGUUGGAUUGUGGCCAUGGUGGAUACACUGCAUGCUUGCGAUGGCUUGAAGGCGGUGUAUGAUGCUUUGCGGAAGACUUGCGACAAGGACUUCCAGAGCGCCCCUGUGGAGCAGUCCUCCUUCCGCAAUGAACCACAGCCUCGACGGCCGGAAGAGAGUGUGGAACUGUGGUGCUGUCUGACCCUCAUGUAUCUCUUUAUUGAGGUUGCGAGGACGACGGCGGGUGAGAGUGGACAACGUCUGAAGGGGGACAUUGUGGCACUCGAGCCCAAUCUGCUCAACUACCUCACUCACACCGUCUCAAGACUGAGGUGGGAUGACACCGCUCCUAUUCCGCUGGCCAAGAUGUUCCUCCUGGCAUGGAAAGCCAUCUUGGUCUCUGUGGGUGGAAUCAAGGAUGUGGAGAGGGUCAAGAGCUCCCUUCGUGAAGACAAGGAUAAAGAUAAGGUGGACGUGGCCGGACAGCCCCUCAUCACCGCCUCACCACUGGACUACCACCUGUUCAGGCAAGAAAUCAGCUCCAAGUAUCCCGCUUAUCAAGCACCGCCGCCUCUCUUCCCUCUGGAACCGGAGAACAACAGCAUCUUGCCGCCCUUGAAGCAUCGGAGUCUAAGCUACGCCUCCUCCGACUCAGCAUACAUGGGUGCACCAAGCGUGGGUACCGAGUCGAUCAUGCAUCAACCCGUGCACAUUGCAACGCCCGCUCCUUCCCCUCCUCCGACUCCCGGAGGGCCUGGCAAAGCUGGCAAGAAACAAAACUAUCAAACAAACCAAAUGUUUCCUUUCUUGUACCCCCCGCUCGACCUUAGCAGUAACGAGAUCGGCGGCAAAGGCGACACUCAACUUCAAGAUGCCCUCGUUGGUCGCAAAUGGAUGGGCUCGGACGUCCCUGCGAGCAUUCUUGAAGCCGCCGAACUCUUCUCCAAGCGGAUGCGGGCAACACGAGCGAUGAAGCAGCUUUGGGAGGCACGGGUGGAUUUCAUGCGGUAUGAGCGCGGCUGGAAGCCAUCAGAUGGUGCUCAGGACGAUGAGGGAGAGUUUGAAAUUGUCGAAAAGACGGCUCCUGAGGAGACGGCAGAGCAGGGCCAGCCUCUGUUACUGACGGACGAGCAGAGACGCUUAGCGGCCGUUGCUGCCUUCUACAAAACUUCGUUGCCGCACCUGCAAAGCGUCAUCAUCGUGUUGCUAAAAGCCACUUUGCAAUACGUCACGGACAUUGUGUCCAAGAACAACGGCCAGAAUGGCCUACAACCCGGCAUUCAAUUCAGCGACGUCAAUGGAAUGAACGGCUCGAUCAAACCCCUGGAGAACGGAACGGCCGACGCACCCGACCACACCGCCGAAGAAGUAGACAAGCUGCGCACGCAAGAAGUCGCCUCCAAAGCCAUCAGCGGCAUCCUCAUCCUGCUGCUCAAGUGGCUCAAAGUCUCCCACAUCCUGCAGUACGAGUACAUGACGCAGCUCCUGCUCGACUCCAACUACGUGCCCCUCAUCCUGAAGAUGUGGCAGACGCACGACAUCGCCAAGGCAUGCCACACGCGCUGGGAGAAGGAAGAGCUGAACUUCUUCCACUUUUGCCAGGCGAACAGCCGCGCUGGCCCCCCCACUCCACCACCCGCAGCACCAGCAGAAGACUCCUCGGAUGAAGCCAUCCCACCUCCCAUCAAAUUCCACCGCGACUCCUCCCUCGACGCCCCGCUCCUCUCCCCAACAACAACCACAACUCUAGACCCAACCCAACCCCCCGAAGUCGACGAGCUAGGCUACCCAACCACCCCGCUGCCCACAACCCCAAUAACAACCUACUCCUACCGCAACGUCAUCUCAAGCAUCAACCACCUGCGCGUCCUGCAAAAAGUCACGCGCCGCAAAACGCACCGCGCCCUCCUCCUCGUCAGCUACAAAAGCAGCAACCACCUCAAGCGCACCCUCAAAAUCCCCAUCCGCGCUUUGCGGUACUACACGCUCAAACUCUUCAAAUCGCAAGUCCCCUUUUGCGGGCGCAAGUGGCGCCAGGGGAAUAUGAAAAUCAUCACCGCCGUGUGGCUCUCCGUGCCGGCGGAGUUGCGGGAUGACUGGCUGAGUGGUGGCGGGGGAGGGAUGGGCGGCGCGUGCGUGGGGGAUGUGGAUGGGACGGUGGAGGAUGCGUUGCCGCUGGAGCAGAGCCUGCGGGCGUUGACGCAUUGGUGGAAUCUGCGCAAUUUCCCCGAGGUCAUGGGGUUUGAUACCAAGUUGUUGGAGGAGGAGAUGGAGGUGGAUUACUUUACGCGCGAGCUGGAGAAGAUGGAUUUGGGGCGUGAGGGUGGGGAGGGGGAGUUCUUGGGGGAUGAGGAGAGGUUGGCGGAGGAUGCGUGGCCUGCUGGAGAGGGGUAUUAG